ACACGGAAGGCGUGAAUCCAGCGUCGCUCUGUACUCCACUCUCUGCAUCAUCCCUGUGAGUGGCCUUGGUUUCUCACGUUCCCUGCGCUCUCAUGCUUCAUUGCCAUCCCCCAGCGAGCGCGAAGAAGGUCUGAGCACCAAGCGACAGCAAAUGAUGGACGAGCUGGAGAAGCUCCGCCGCCAGAUCGAGGUCGAGGAGGCCGCCAUCCACGACUUGCAGACCGGUCGCCGAAUCUAAGUCGCCUCGGUAUAGCAGGCUUGCCCCGAGCCCUUUCGUUAGUUCCGUUCAAUGCAGAAUAAAGCACCAUUAAUUGUCAGUUCUCCCCUCCCCUCAUCCCCGUUCUUGCCUUCAGCCCUUCGUCAGACUGCUUGUUUCUCUUUUUAUUAUGACUCAAUUCACCUCAAGCCGCCUCCAACACCCUGGAUUUUUGUCUCCCAUGCUCGGACCGCCCGUCGGAUCCCGAUUUCCAUCCGCUAUGGACCCGUGGAAAAGGCCGGGUCCGUCUCUCCGUUCCGUUCCGCUCCCUCCGCACCCCUCCCUUCGGUAUCCCACGUUUGUCCUGCGAUUUUUCUUUUAUUUCAUUUGGCUCUGUGCCAUCAAAAUAGAUUUGAGACUGUGGCCUGUGCCCUGUGCUUCAUUCAACUGCAAUGGCGGGACAUGAGUGCUCCCUUUGGCUGGAUGAUUCGAUCGGGCUUGAGAGAAUCACCAGUGUCGCAGCAGCCUUCGGCAUCGGCUCGUGGUUACCGACCAUUGAUGGAAUCGAACUUCCCGCUGCUCUUUCUGAUGGUCCGCAUUUCUUGCAUGAGAGUUCAUUCGCACGCGCUUGCCCCCCACAAUAACCAUGCACUUCAUGAAGGAGAUAUAUGCUUCGGGUCUGAGGGCACCCAGGUGCUUUGAGCGGCUGUUCCGCCACAACAAGAAGGAGCGGC